AUGAUUGUUUCUAAUGCCGUGUUGAUAUAUACAAUAUAUAGUGAGAGGAGUUUACAUAAACCUUUGUACAUAUUCAUUUGUAAUUUAGCAUGCAUAAAUGUAUAUGGGGGCUCCGGAUUAACACCUUUUGUGCUUGUUAACAUUGUUUCUGGCAAUUUUCAUAUAUCAAAAAGUGCAUGUCUUAUUCAGACAUUUUCUGUUAUGACAUUUGGGGGCUGUGAGAUCAUGAACUUGAUGGUUAUGGCUUAUGACAGGUAUAUUUCCAUAUGUUUUCCUUUGCAUUAUGAAAAAAUAAUGUCCUCCUCAAAAGUCAUGAAACUGAUUGCUUUGAUUUGGCUGUUGCCAUUUAUAAGAACUGGAAUUUCUAUCAUGAUAAAUGCAAAUUUGAAAAUGUGUGGAAGGAUAAUUGAAAAGGUUUAUUGUGAUAACUAUUCUAUGGUUAAAUUAGCAUGUUCUGGUAUCAGAGAAGUGAAUAUAUAUGGUUCAACAGUUACAAUCUUUUCCGUGGUCCCACCACUAUUAAUCAUACUAUAUUCUUAUAUAAAGAUUCUAAUGAUCUGUUCAAAGUUAACACAAAAUGGGCAAGCUAAAGCACUGAAUACUUGCAUUCCACACCUUGUUGCAAUUGCAAACUUCUUUAUUGGCUGUUCCUUUGAAGUUUACCAAAGUAGAUUUGAUAUGAACCACAUCCCAUAUACUCUUCGUGUAGUCUUGUCAUUAUAUUUUCUGAUUCUUUCACCUGUUUUCAAUCCCAUUCUCUAUGGAGUAAGAACACAAAAGAUAAAAGUAAUUUUGACUCAAAAAUUAAUGUGUAGACUCAAGAUAUAA